CGUCGCGCUGCUACGUAGGCAGAUUGUCAGCUCCAGUCAUACGAUCUGUCAUCAUCCUUCGUACAAUGCGAAAAGGGAAGUUGAAAGAAGUGGGAGAGGGACAUCGCGGAGCCUUAUGAAAUCUAACGUCAUAGCAGCUGGCUGGUCUCUCGACACACUGUGAACAGGACGCCGAAGUGCUUCAAAUAUUGUUCUGGAGACAACAGUCACGUUAACAGGCUUCAUCUUUUGGGUAUUUUCCACAGUUUUCCAAAGCACGUCAGCGUCCAGAGGAAGAGACCGGAGAGUGUGACAUGGCAAGUAGAGGCGGAGCUACACGACCCAAUGGGCCAAACGCAGGCAACAAGAUCUGCCAGUUCAAACUUGUGCUUUUAGGAGAGUCAGCGGUGGGGAAGUCGAGUCUCGUACUCCGUUUCGUCAAGGGACAGUUUCACGAAUUCCAAGAGAGCACAAUCGGAGCUGCCUUCCUGACUCAGACAGUAUGUUUGGACGACACAACAGUCAAGUUUGAAAUCUGGGACACAGCUGGUCAGGAGCGCUACCACAGUCUGGCUCCCAUGUACUACAGAGGUGCCCAGGCAGCCAUCGUGGUCUAUGAUAUAACAAAUGAGGAGUCAUUUGUACGGGCGAAGAACUGGGUUAAAGAGCUUCAGAGACAAGCCAGUCCAAAUAUUGUAAUAGCCCUGGCUGGGAACAAGGCUGACCUCGCUAACAAGAGAGCAUUGGACUUCCAGGAUGCACAGUCAUACGCAGAUGAUAACAGCUUGCUUUUUAUGGAAACGUCAGCGAAGACCUCUAUGAACGUGAAUGAGAUAUUCAUGGCCAUCGCGAAGAAGCUACCCAAGAACGAGCCUCAAGCUGCCGGAGCCAGCAGCGGGCGGAACCGGGGAGUGGACCUGACAGAGACUGCCCAGCCCACCAGCCGUCCCUGCUGCAGUAACUAACCCAGCUCUUCCUGCUCAUCCUCCACACACACAUACACACAUACACACACACAUGUACACACACAUACACACACGUACCCCCCCCCGCCCCCCUCUGCCCUCCCCUCCCAACUGAACAACAUCUGGACAUCGGGCUCCUCGGCUUCCUGACGUCAGACCUGACCUUCAGCCUCACUCCCCCCUUGGAAUAGCUAAAGACUCUGUAUAGCUGCAUUUCUAAUACCUUUUUUUUUUUUUGUUGAUGUUCGUUUUUUUUUUUUUUUUUUUUUUUUAACUUUUUUUAAGAAGUGUAUAUCAGUAUAAUGGAUGCAUGUAUCACUACAACGCCUAAAAAAAAAACACACACACACACAUUUUUAUCUUUUAUUCAGUUGGAAGACUAACCCCCGUUUUAAAAGAAAGAUGAGCGAGCGUGAAACCUGUGAACGUGUGAUUGUUGUCGUGUGUGAAAUUUUUUUUUCCUGAGAGUGAUUUGCUGAUGAGAAGGUGUAGCCUCAUUUGUCACUUCACAGGGUCGACUGGAUGCGAAUGAUGAUGAUGAUGAUGAUGAUGAUGUUGCCUGUAAUAAAUACACUGUUGUGCGGGUUUUAAGUUUUGCUCACAAUCAGAAGAAAACCAAAUUGUUCCCAUCUUGAGACGCUCGGCUUCUCAGACUGUGAGUCAAGACAGUUCAAAGCAAGAAUCCCCCCCCCCCCUCACCCACCCACCCCUCCAUCUCCGCAUCUGUUACUCAAGAAGACGUCUUUAUCCAAGGCUCCCUAAUGAAAAAGUGCAAGAAAAAUAAAUUUGUUACUGUCCUGUUUUUAUUUUGAAAAGGUUGAAAAAGUCUAAAGAAGAAAAACAGCUCUGGCUUCCCGUUAUGUGCAACCACUGUCAUUUUUAUUAAAAGCAAAAAAAAAAAAAAAAAAGUGGAGACUAAUCUUCAUCUGUAGAGUGAUGUCACAUUGCCGUACAUUAUAUUAAAACAACAGUCUUCAUGGUGUGGGGGAAAAAAACGUGGAGUUGUGACAUGCAGGAAGACCGGGAAACGACACCCGCAGGCCACACGUGAGGCCGGUAUGACAGGAUUUUGUAAAUUCAGCUUUGCUAUCGAACGAAAUGCUUUCAUGCCGCAGCAUCUUCAAGAGUCUUAUCACAGAUGUUAAAAUUCUGACACUGAUAACGGUUUCGCUCGGAAAAAAGGAAAAAUCAACUUGAAGACUGUUGGAACAUCCUGCUUUGUGAAAUUGUCUCGCAAAGACUUGAACAUACGACGAUUUCUAUGUUAAACUCUUUGUUAGUUAUCUGCUCUGUUUCUGUUCAGGCCAGUAGUCAACCUGCAUCAAUUUGGGUGAUCUGAAUCAAAGGGGAUCAUUUAUUUUUAUUUUUUUUGUUAGAAUAGAGCUCAUACGGCACACAAAAAGAAAAUUGGACUACUACCCAUUGUCACAAGUCUGUGGAAAAUAUACUCUAAUGUUGUUAUAGGGUGCAAUGUUGUCUUCUUCCUCCUUUAGUACAGCUUGCAGAGCUUGUGAGCUCACCAGGAAAUUUAUCUAGAGAUUCCGAACAAUUGUACAGUUCAAUAUAGGUCUGCUUUUAUUUUUCAUUUCUCUCUUUUUUUUUUUUUUUUUUUUAAAUUUUCAUUCUAGACCUUGUCACAAACUGGUCAAAUGUUAAGCAGUGUUGGUCUUUUUAGGUAUAUGUAGUGUUAUUAACAAAAUCCCUCUCUCUGGUGUCUUGUUACUUUUUCUCAGAAAUGGUCCAUGGUCAUGUUUGAAAGGAACUUUUAUUGCAUUGCACAGUGUUGAUCAUGUUUUAAUUAAUGACUGCCCUUCGAUUUUAUAUGACGGACUGUAUUGGACUUGCUAACCUACAGCUGUAAGCAGGUAGCAUAAUUAACCUAACUGGUUGUCUCUCUUACAGCUCAAUGAAUUUUAAUGAUGUAAAACAGCAUUACUAGUGAUGGGCUGAUCAGUUUUGAGUGUCUGAAUACAACUUAAUAAAUUCAAUAAAGAGGUCUCUUGUA